AUGGUCGUUUUAUUGGAGAUGUGGGUACUUGUCAUUAUUGUUGCACUUUCUCUUCAAAGUCAGGUUCUUUUGAGUUCACAGAAUCUGACAUGCAAUUCUGAUGAUGUGAAAGGAUUAAGGGGUUUCAUGAAUGGACUGGAAUCGCCAAUUGAUGGGUGGUGGCCAAAAGUUUCAUCAUCUUUUUCAUCUUCCAGUUGCUGCAACUGGAUCGGUAUCAAUUGUAAUUCCACUUCUGGUAGGAUUGUUAGAUUAAAACUCCCGAAUCACAUAUUGACGGGGAGUGUCUCCGAUUCAUUUUCUAAUUUGAAUCAUCUCCGGACACUGAAUCUUUCACACAAUUUUCUUAAAGGCCCUCUUCCCGUUUCCUUAUUUCGUCUCCCCCAUUUGGAAGUAGUUGAUUUAAGUGAUAAUAGAUUCAAUGGGGUUUUACCACCUAACAUAAACCUGCCUUCACUUCAAGUAUUAGACAUAUCUGAUAAUGCCUUUGGGGAUUCACUUCCAUCCGGUUUAUGUGUUAACUCCACCAGAAUUCAUGUUCUUAUAUUUGCUGCGAAUUACUUCAAUGGAACUAUUCCGCUUGAAUUUGGGAAUUGCAAUUUCCUUGAACAUCUGGACGUGGCUUCCAAUUAUCUUUCAGGCGUCAUACCCAAGUUCUUAUUCACGUUACCUAAGUUGGUGGAAUUGGCACUACAUGAUAACAGGUUCACCGACAUCGAGGGAAUUGGUAAUUCCUCUAGUCAUCUGGUUCGCUUGGAUAUUUCAUCCAACAGGUUCUCAAGAAAUAUACCCGAUUUCUUCCAUAGUUUUCCGAAUUUAAGUUAUUUCUCAGCUCAUUCCAACAAUCUGUUUGGUGGGAUACCUCCAUCAUUGUCACAUUCACACUCCAUUUCUUCCCUCAGCUUGAGAAACAAUUCUUUGGAUGGUAAAAUCAAUUUCAAUUGCUCCGCCAUGGUUAACCUUACCUCACUUGAUCUGGCUUCUAAUAGCUUUUCGGGUACAAUACCUGAUACUCUUGCAUCUUGCCAAAAGUUAAAAGCUUUAAAUCUUGCCAGGAAUCCCAAACUCAAAGGCCAAAUCCCACAAACUUUCAAGAAUCUCCCUUCUCUUUCUUACCUUUCACUUUCCAAUUGUAGCCUCAAUAACCUGUCAACAGCUCUUAAAGUUCUCCAGCACUGCCCCAAUCUAACUGUUUUGGUUCUUACUAUGAACUUCUAUAAUGAACAGCUGCCACCUGAUGAUGAUCUACAGUUCAAAUCACUCAAAGCUCUUGUGAUUGCCAAUUCCAAUCUCACUGGUAGCAUUCCACCAUGGCUAAAGGGUUUAACGCAGUUACAGUUGCUGGAUUUUUCUUGGAACCACAUGACAGGAUCGAUCCCGGGGUAUUUGGGUAAUUUUAAGUCUCUCUUUUACUUGGACCUAUCCAACAAUUCCUUUUCAGGAGAGAUACCCAAGAAUCUAACACGAUUAGAAAGCCUGAUUUCAAGAGAUAUAUCAUUAAAGGAUCCGUCACCAAGUUUCCCGUUUUUUAAAAUACGGAACAUGAGCGCCAGAGGAUCAAUAGCCCAGUACAAUCAGAUCAUGAGAUUUCCACCGCUUUUAGACCUCAGUUACAACCUUCUCACGGGUCCAAUCUGGCGGGAGUUUGGGAACUUAAAAAAGCUACAUGUUUUGGAUCUGAAACACAACAAUUUAUCAGGUACGAUUCCCGGUUCUUUAUCAGGUAUGAGGAGCAUAGAGACGCUGGAUCUUUCUUUUAACAGUCUCACAGGAACAAUCCCUACGUCUCUGGUCAAUUUCCAACAUUUACAAACUCCACCUUUGAAGGAAACUCUGGUUUAUGUGGCGAUUUUUUAA